CUUUUUUCCCCUCCUUGCAGGACAAAGUGUCUGCAGUGUGUGAAAGAGGAGUGUAUGUGUUAUCACGAUGAAUACUUGACCGUUCUAGAAGGUCGAAUCGAAGCGAAUCUCGAGGGGAAAGGGAAGACGGUGAUCAAUGCGGGAGACGAAGCCUUCUUCGUGCCACGAUGGCAUGUACACAGUAUGAAAGGGUUCCAGGGAGAGAAGACUGUGUUGAGAGAGACGGCGGUCCCGGCGGAAACGUGGGGUCUGGGGAAAGCUUUGUUCUUCAAUGACGCCCUCGGUCAAGAUGGUCGACCUGGGUUUUGGAGGCUGUUGAGAGUCGCGUAUGAUGGUGACUUGUAUCCUCCGUUGCCAGGAGGUAUCAAGUUCAUUGAUCAGGCGUUUGUCACGGUGUUGGGGUUUAUUGCAAAGUUCUUUGUCCAGGCGAAGGAACAGACACUUUGA